AUGUCCUCCGAAGCUCCUGGUGCAGCAGCACAGGUCGGAGAGCCCUCGACCGCUCCCAGAAGCCCCAGGGGCCAACUGGCCCAAGCGGGGCAGCCGUCGGCCGGUAGUUCGACACCGCCGGCCACGGCGCCCGAGCCGGCCCCGGCGGCCUCGUCACCUCUGCACGACGUCGAGGCCUUUGAGGACAACACCAUCGAGGCCGGCGAGGACAGCGUCGACAGCGACGAGUUCGAGCCGUCCGAGUGGGGCGACGAGGGCGCCUCGACCGCCUCGACCUCGGUCAACUCCAGCAUCUACGCCCACACCUACGAGAAUGGACGGCGCUAUCACAGCUACAAGAACGGCCGCUAUCCGAUACCGAACGACGACCAGGAGCAGAACCGCGAGGACAUGAAGCAUGUGAUGAUGUUGGAGAUGACGGAUGGCAGGCUGUGCUACUCUCCCAUUGGAGACAACCCCCAGAAGAUCAUUGACGUCGGCACGGGAACAGGGCAAUGGGCCAUUGAAGCCGGCGACAGAUAUCCAAGUGCCUCGGUGCUGGGUAUAGACCUCUCGCCGAUACAGCCAGUCUGGAUUCCACCUAAUGUCAAGUUCCUCAUUGAUGACUGCGAGGAUGAGUGGCUCAACGGCGAUAAUUAUGACCUGGUACAUCUGCGAACCAUGUCGCCGAUUCUCAAGGACGUGCCCAAGAUGUGCCGGCAGGCUUUCGCCAACAUCAAGCCUGGCGGGUGGAUGGAGUGGCAAGAACUGCAUGGCUGGAUGCAAUGCGACGACGGGACCAUGCCAGAGGACGACGCCGGCUUCGGCAUGUACAGGCUCGUUGCCGAGGCCUUCUCAAAACUCGGCUACGACGUGCACGCUGCCUCGAAACUCGGCGAACCCCUGAGGCAAGCAGGAUUCACAAACGUGCAGUGCGUCGUCAAGAAGAUACCAGUCGGAACAUGGGCGAGGGACCGACGCCUUCGAUUGACUGGGCAUUACCUGAAGCUGGUCAUCCAGGAUUUUCUACCUGCCCUGGCGGGUAAGCCGCUGCAGGUGCUGGGCCUGAACACGGUCGAGCGGGAGCUGUGGCGAGCUGCUGCAUUCAAGGCCCUCGAAGACAUGUCUGUGCAUCGGUACUGGAACUUUUACUUCUGGUACGGACAAAAGCCCGAGUAA